AUGUUGGAUGGAGUGCAGACGAAAUUGCUGACAUAUUAUAAUCGGGACCUUUUCUCUGAUCAACAGAACUUUGCAUUGCCGCCCCGAAAAGCGAAUCCUCCCUUCUCAGAGUCUGGUGCUACUUCACCAUUAGAGGUCAUGUCUCCAAAGACGCCUACAAGUGCUGGUUUUCCAAAACGGCCUCUGCAUUCGCCUAUAUCACCACUGACUCCAGACUCACCCCUCUAUCCGGACGGCGUUUUCAGCCAUAUAUGGCUUCGGAAGCACCUCUACUUACAACCUUGCGCCUUUGUCUCCUUCCAUGAAUUCGCUGUUGUACCAGCGGCCCAAGAAGAAGCCGCCGACAGAGCCCUUGCAACUUCCAUCAAUGAAAUGAAAAGGGCCUUCCUCGCUGAUCCACGAAAGAUCAAAUUUGCCGUUGUCCUAAUCGCCCAGAAAACCCUCCUCGAAGCUCCAUCUAUCGAGAACAGAUUCGCAAUGAUCCGGAGGCUGACAAGUUUGGAUACCAAGAACUCCCUGUUCUUCUUACCUGCAAAAGCCUCGAGUGUCGAGCUUCAGCAAUUAGCAAAAAGUGUAGAAUUAUCUUUAACACCGACAGCCAUAGAGUUUUACCGGGAGCUAUCGAAACACGCGCGUAGGAAGCGCAGUCGUUCUUCAGCUCCGGUAGCAACUGUACCGCCUAGCUCAAUGUCGCAGACCUUAAGCAAUACAGGAUGGACCGUACGGUAUGAGAUGAAGCUUGCACUCUUUGCGGAAUUCCGAGCAGAGAUGGAUGCCGCAAUUCGUCAUUACGAAACGGCAUACGAAGCCUUGCUAGAAGUAUUCGAGACUACAAACAAUUGGAGCCCCCGUUGGAACGAUAUACGGCUACUUGCAGAUGUUAUGGCAGCUCGGACGAUAAGGUGCUACAUAUACUUCGAAAAUGGAACAUUAGCAGCAAGGAAAUGGGAAACGCAUCGACGGCGCAUGGCAGAUAUACUCGACCGCAAGGGUGCUGGGACGAGCACGUAUGGCUGGGCAGCAUGGGAAGCGCGGUGGGCAGUCAUCAUGGCAACAAUAGUUCACGGAUCGAAGAUAUUCACACCUGACCCCAAAGCCAACGAUAUCCCGCACUUUUACGCACCAAUAGACAAAUCUAUCAAGGUGGAUGAGAGAGUUUCCGCGAUAGAGCAUCUCCAUCACGCAGGUUUUUACUGGAUGAUGGCUGUAUCUUUCUCUAAGCUGCACAACCGGAGAGUCGACAGAUUACCCGAGUCAGAUUCGCCCGUCGACCUGUAUCUUGUAAAAGCUCCAGAAGAAGAGCAGCAAGUGGAUCUGUUAUCGGCAACUAUCAGAUACCUGAACGCAGGUGCCGCCACAUUUGUAGAAAAGGGUCAGUCACGGCUAAGAGCAAGAGUGUUAUUCGAGCUUGCGCAACUCGAGAUGUCUAGGGAGAACUGGCAGGUGGCCCUCGAUAGCUUGAAAAUUGGCCUCAGAUCAUGGAGGGCGGACCGCUGGACCCCAGAGAUUCUCAAGGAAGCUUUGACUUUGGCGCGAGGCUGUGCACUGAAGAUAUCAGAUGCGGCUUCGGCUUUGACGACAAGUUUAGAGUUGCACAGCAAAGUCCUUCCAGAGGGUACGCAAGUACCCGAACUAAGCAGCUGCCUAACCGAUAUUGAAGGUGGUGUACAAGGAGAAACUACACUAGCAAUACGUGCCCCGGAUAUUCUUCCAGUGAUAUCUGCUGAGUAUGCAUUUCUAGCUACCGAGGUAUCAGUCGGGGAGUUGGCCAUCUCGCAACUUGUCUUAAAAUCACAGGCUCAAUCAGGUUCCCCUCACCUAACUCUUCAUGAAGUAAAGGUUGAGUACAAGGGAAUGCUGAAGUCACUUGUUAUUAGACACGAAACAGUAGAAGGCGCAUCAGACUUCCAGGAUAUGAAAUCGAAGCUAAAAGAAAUCACCCCGAGCGAUGGCAAAAAAGCAUAUGUCGAAGGUGUCGCAGAUCUAGCUUUAAAUCCCGGCCAGAUCAAAGUAUUUGAAUUAAGUUCCCCCCUCCGAGAACACGGAGACGUAAGAGUUACUUCAAUUACUCUGACCCUCCGCGGAGAAGGAUAUGACAUUGAUUUGAUCAUCGACAUCGACGACUACAACCCCUUACUUCUCAAAACGAAGAAGGCGUAUGUUUGGAAAUACACGAACUCGGUAUUGACUAAGGUACCAUUGAAGACCUAUAGAUCCAUGUACUUGAAAAUCUUACCUCGACCUCCAAGACUUAUGGUCAAGAUCCUGCGUUUGGAUGACCCUGUAUACAUCGGCGAGCCUAUUAGGAUCGCGCUAGGAGUGGUCAACGAGGAAGAUGAAGAAGUAGAUGCAAGAAUGAAGAUCCGGAUACUGGGGUAUCCUGAUGAAAUUCCACUUAUUACCUGGGACCGAACGGAAACUUCAGACGCCAUAGAAGACGACCCAGAAACGCCCUACCAACUAGGCAGGAUAGCUCCAUCUGAAGAAAUCCGACGAUCAUUCACCAUCCCCUCUGCUGUUUUAGAGGCUGAAGUCUCAUUAGAAGUCAUCUCACUCUAUGUCCUAACAUCUGAUCCAGAAACACAAAUCUCUAAAACCGUCAAGUUACCCCCAUUCCACGUCCGACGUCCUUUCAGGACAAAAUUUGAUUUCUCGCCUAGUGUGCAUUCAAAGAAAUGGCCGAAUAUGUUCAGGCUAUCAACCGAGGAAGCUAAUCGUGAAUCUCAUGAGGAUGUACCGAAGGGAUUAACGCAAAGAUGGGUGUUUAAGUGCCAGAUAUCUUUGAUGGAGGCAGGGACUUUGGUCCUAGAUGGGUUUGUAUGCGAUGUAGCGAACGUUCAGGGUGGGAUUGUGUGCCAACUUUCGAGGGCAGAUGAGGUAAAUGAACAGGGUUAUGAACUCAAACCGGAUUCGAUUGUCGACAUUAUCUAUAUUCUAGAAGUCACAAAGCAUGCUCUAGAAGAUAGAAGAUCCUCGGAUGUAGAUCUAGACCUAAAAGUUAAAUGGCAGCGGCCAGGAGGCGAAAUAGUAGUGACGCCCUUGGCGGUUCCAAGGCUUCUCAUCCCCGGCAGCGAACCGAGGGUCCUCGCCGAAGCAUCGCCGUACAUCCCAGACACCAACAUCAUAAACCUAACUUACACUCUCGAAAACCCCACUAUGCAUGUUCUAACAUUCAACGUAUCAAUGGAUCCUAGCGAUACAUUCCAUUUCGAAGGACCUAAACAGCCCGGCGUGCAACUCAUGCCGUUGACUAGACUGGUUAUGGAAUAUAGAAUUUAUCCCAGGAUAAAGCAUGAUUGGAUCAGAGCUACGUUGAGGGUCGUGGAUAAGUACUACAACAAAAACUUGAGAAUUGCAGCUACGGACGGGGUCAAGGCGGCUGAUAAGGGUGGGUUGUUGGUUUGGGUCCCUUAG